UUUAUACGUAUACUUUGCUGCUCCUUAAUUUGAAACUAUCGUACAGCCUAGUCAUAAUUCCAUUUCUGGCCAUUCUUUUUUCUAGACAAGAUAUAGAAGCCCAUAUUUAGAAAGAGUGGAAUAUUCAUGGAGGAAGCUCUUAACGCUGCUCGUGGAGAAGCUCUUAACGCUGCUAGUAGAGAGGGCAAUGUUGAUGCCUUGUAUCAUCUGAUUCAGCAGGCUCCUGAUUUCUUGAGCAACCCUUUGCACGAAGCUGCAAGAGCUGGGCAAACUGAGUUUGCCAUUGAACUGCUGACAUUGAUGCCGUCAUUUGCCAAGGAGCUGAACCCUCAAGGGCUAAGCCCUCUUCAUCUGGCAGUAAUGUCAGAAGCAGAUGAACUCACUGAAGAGAGGGCGAGGAAAAACAAAACUGCCAUGGCGCUGAUAAAGCUAGACGCCGAGCUGGUCCGAGUAAAAGGGGGGGCAAGGAUGACUCCUUUGCAUCAUGCAGUCAUAGAAGAUAAUGUGGAACUUUUGGCUGAGUUCUUGUGUGCUUGUCCGAAAUCCAUCAACGAUUUGACGAAUAAGGACCAGUCCGCUGUUCAUAUUGCUGUACAAGAGCGAAUGUCCGAUGCACUCAAAGUCCUCCUGGGAUGGCUCUCGAGAAGGAACAAAGAAGGGGUGCUCCGUUUCAAGGACAGUGAUGGAAAUACUGCAUUGCAUAUUGCAGUAGAAACGGAACAGUUUGAGGUUGUGGAGAAGUUAAUUUCAAAAGUCAACAGAAAUACACUGAAUUCAAAAGGAUUGACGCCUUGGGACAUCGCAGUGCAAAAGAGAAACGAGAACAUAAAAAAGUUCUUGAAAAAUCGAGGAGGUAGAUCUGCAAAAGAUCUCCCUGAGAAGGAACGCCUCCACGAGUUUUUGAAAUCAAAACAGGGUCCCUUUGAGAAACCAAUCGGAUACCUAAUUUACGUGGACAAGGAAAUGUCCCUGGAAAUGCGCAACAUUAUCUUAGUUGUAGCAGUGUUAAUUAUCACAGCUACUUUCCAGGGAGCACUCCAGCCUCCAGGUGGGUUUUGGCAAGGGAAUGGAGAAACGAGUCGAAAAGUCUCGACAUUCAAUCGACCUGGUAACAGUAACAGUAACAAAUUCUACCUAUAUCAUUCUCGAAAACAACACAAUAUGACAGGUGUGGUUGGAAAAGUUAUCAUGAGCCCCGGCAAUUUCGGGGACUUCAUGGGAGGAAAUACUGUGGCUUUCGUUUUUGCAACUGCGGUGAUUUUCUGGGCACUCCCUGCUCGGCCUUAUAUAUAUUGUCUUCAUAUUUCUCUGCUUUUUCUGACCUACGCCUAUCUCACUGCGGUCGAUAUCAUAUCAGACCAGAAUGUGCUUACUACGUCCCUCAUCAUUGUUACCUGGUUAUUCAUUUGUGGUGUACUUGCGUUGAGAUUUUACAUGCACAUUGCCAAGUCAAUAUUCAAUGAUGCAUGGUGGCUGCCCAAGUUGUAUGUACUAGCUACAAAUACUUUCUACCAAAUUCCUACAAACCCGGUGGCUAUACGUCUUAAUCGAUUCGCUAAUCGGCUUAUGAUGCACCAUAAAGUGAGCAGAUUAGAAACUGAAGAAAUUGACUGAGAUGGCAACCUGAGGAUAUUUGAUCGAACCAUCAUGAGUUCAAGUUAGAAAAUUUCCAUUCCAGCCAGUGGAUGUGUGGGUGGUUUGGUAUGUACAACCCAUAAUUUGCUUGAUGAAAUAAGAGGAGAGUGUGAUCACUCUUUUAGUUGAUUUGUCAUCAUUAAUGUAACAAUGCUAGGAAGUGAAAUAAGAAAUAGGAUUAAUAUAUGGAUUGUAUUUGCAGA